UUUUAUUAUUUAAUAUAAUAGUAGAUACAAUUUCCAAAGUAAGUGUUCCACUUGCACGUGCUCCUUGGAGUCCCCCCUCCGUUCCAUCUCCCUCCCUCUCUAGUCUUUACUAUACCGUCUAUAGCCCCCUUUCACUCUUUCACAUCAUUUCUUCUUCUUCUUCUUCUUCUUUUCUGCCUAUAUCUAUCUAUCUAUGAUCCACCACAUGGAAGAAGAAGAAGCACCAAAUAAUCCCAAAACAGUCAAACUUGUUCCUGACUGCGGAAUAAUGCAACAAUGCCCUCACCACCACAACCACGCCGGCGGUAUCUGUGCUUUCUGCCUCCAAGACAAGCUUGGCAAGCUUCUCUCUUCUUCUUUCCCCGCUCCCAUUCAACCCUCUUCUCCUCCUUCUUCUUCUUCUCCUUCUCCUUCUUCUCCCCCUCCUCCUCCUUCUUUUAGAUCCAACAACACUCCUCCUCCUUCUUCUUCUUCUUCCCUCCCUACCAAGAAAACCGAUCACUACACGCGCUCCCGCCUCCCUUUUCUUCUCGCAAACAAGACUUGUGCUAAGAAGAAACAACACUCCUCCUCCUCUUCUUCUACUUCUGCUCCUGCUGAUGUCGUUUUGAAGCGCAGCAAGUCCACUGCAACUCCAAGGAGGGACACCAAGUUCUUCAACAACCAUGAUAUACUCAUUCAAGACUUCACUCCCACAAAGAGAAACGGUUUCUGGUCCUUCCUCUAUCUCUCUUCAUCUUCUUCUUCCUCUUCCUCCAAGAAGCUUCAUGCCAACAACAAUGGCGCCACCCCAAGGGUCUCCGCAAGCAUUUCCUCAGCUUCGGGCUUGACCAUCACCAAGCCUACCACUACCACGGUUGCCGGCGGUUUGCAAGAAAGUAGCGACGGUUACGUUUCUGUUUGUUCUUCGUUUGAGCGAAAGGUUUCAAGAUCCAGAUCUGUUGGCUGUGGUAGCAGCAGAAGCUUCUCCGGUGACUUCUUUGACAGAAUCUCAAACGGCUUCGGUGAUUGCACUCUCAGAAGAGUCGAAUCUCAGCGUGAAGGAAACCAUAACAAGCAUCACCACCAUAAUCAGCAGUGCAUGAAGGAGAGAGUCAAGUGUGGAGGAAUAUUCGGUGGCUUCAUGAUGAUGCCUAACACUUCUUCUUCUUAUUGGGUUUCUUCCGAUCAUGGAAGGGUUCGAAGUUGGAGUAGUUGGGCAUUUGCUAGUCCCAUGAGAGCUUUUACCAGCAGCAACAAAGCUUCUUCUAAGAACAAGAAUGAUAGAAAGAACAAUAACAAUGCAUCAUCAUCAUCACCAAACUUAUCUGCUAUUCCUUCAUUGCUCACUGUUUCAACCUGAAUCACAAGUAUACACAAUACUAAUAACAUUAUUAUGCCCUGUUAAUUACUCUCUAGUAUUGUGUUUAUUAUUAUUAUUAUUACUGCAACAAUACCCUUUUUAGUUUUAGCUUUACUUUUAAUUUUCCUGCCACAGUUUUUUUUUUUUUGGACAGUUGUUUAUUUAUAUAGAUAUAUUCAGGUGGUUGGAUUUGGAUUAUGAUUCAUCAUUUCAGGUACGGAGUACUCUACUCUCUCCCAUUGCCAUUCAUUUAUGACACUAUUUGGAGAGAGAUAGAAAGAGAAGGAACUUUAUUAUCUCAAUGCAUUGUUCAGUUCAAUUUCGCUGUGUCAUCAUAGUCUGCUUCUUUUGGUUGUAUUCUUUGUAGCUUUUUCAUCUUGUAAUUUCAGUACUCACAGUAUGAUGCUAUGGUGUAAGAUAAUGAUGUAAUUUUUAAGUUAUUAUUGUAGACUAUACUCUGUUCACAUUUUCACAUGCAUACACAUGUUUGGUUUGGUUGAUGCAAACAAAACCAAGUAGGGGGAAUCACACUAGCUAAGCCAUGUUAUUAUGUGUCUAUGCUAUGUAAAUUCAAUUUAAUCAAUCAUUAAGCUUAUUCA